UGACUAACCAAUGAAAGGUAUAGUAUGCGAGUUGUGCUACCUGGGCUGCCGCUGCUGCAGGGAGUUUUGCUCGGUAUUCUUUGCGUAUGGCAUUAAGAUACCAUCUGUUCUACAAUGAGUGGGGAGCCUAGUGCACUAGCAGUCGUUAACCAGCUGCGAGAUCUGGCUUCAGACCCUUUAAACCGAAGAGCCAUUGUACAAGACCAAGGCUGUCUUCCAGGCCUCAUUUUAUUCCUCGACCAUCCCAACCCUCCAGUCGUUUACUCAGCUUUACUGGCUCUCCGUUAUUUAGCAGAAUGCCGUGCGAACAGAGAAAAGAUGAGAAGCGAACUGGGCAUGAUGUUAAGUCUACAAAAUCUAAUACAAAAAACUACAACACCAGGAGACACUCAAAACCUUGCUACUGAGGUGUAUGACCUACUUCAGUCAUCCAGUACAGCAGAUGGCGAUUGUGUGAAUGAAAUGAACUCACGACGGCGGAAAGCACAAUUUUUCUUAGGAGCUACAAAUAAACGUGCCAAAACUGUGGUCUUGCAUAUUGACGGCCUUGAUGAUACGUCUCGUAGGAGUCUUUGUGAAGAUGCUCUGCUAAAAAUCAAAGGCGUUAUUAGCUUUACAUUUCAAAUGGCCGUUCAGAGAUGUGUGGUACGAAUCCGGUCAGAUUUAAAAGCAGAGGCUUUAGCUUCUGCGAUUGCAUCCACCAAAGUAAUGAAGGCUCAGCAGGUUGUGAAAGGUGAUGAGGGUGAAGAGCUUUUGGUUCCAUUUCAAGACAACGCAGUGGAAGUUGAACAGAAUACAGAUUUACCAGACUACCUGCCGGAGGAUGAAUCCUCAUCGAAGGAACAAGAUAAGGCAGUGUCCCGUGUCGGGGUUCACCAAGACAAUGCAAGCAGUUGGCUAAGCACUGCAGCAAACUUUUUAUCCAGAUCCUUCUACUGGUGACAUGGGCUCCAGAUUCAGAGACUGCAAUACCAUUUCAAAACAGGUUAACAUCAGUCCAGCAAUCUGCAAAGUGCAAUAAAAUAGUAAACAAAAAAUGGUUUAAAACGCGCAGAUUUUACAUUCUUCCAUCAAUGGCCGUGUUUGUAUAGCCACUUCAAGGAAUGUUUCUUGGUUUUAUUGCGUGUUGCCUCACUUUGUAAAUGGGUCCACACUUUGCUAUUACACAGUCCUGUUGUAAGCCAAAUAAUUGCUCUAUUGAAAACACGCGUCACAUCUGCAGCCUUAAGGUCACUGAAAUAUGUAUGUAUAUUAUAUUAUUAUACAGGAAAUUAAUUUUUUGCCUCAAUUCUCAGGACCUUUCAUUCUAACUAGCUAUAGAUGUGCAUGAACACCUUUUUAAAUAUGUGUUUAUUUGCCUUACUUUGUGGAAGUGUUUGCCUUUUGUGACUUUUUAUUUUUAUUUUAUUUUUUAGGUUUUUUCUUUUUGGUCACCAGCUUUUUUUUUUUUUUUUAAGUCUCAAAAGCAUAAAUAUUUCCAGGUUAUCCAGAUUAUGAAUGUGUUGUGUUUUUGUUUUUGCCUUUCUCUACUGUUAUAAUUUCGAGUACCACAAACGUGCCAUUUCAGAAUGAGCUAGAACAGACCACAACAAACCGUUACGUUUCGCAAAUACAAUUGGGGACAGCCUGCGUUUCUUGCAUAUUCCGUUUUGAUAAAAACUUUUCUAACUUUUCAGUGAACCCUCACCUAGGUCAGCCAAGCUCUGAAAUUUCCCAAAAUAAAAGGUUUAUGUAAAAAAAAAAAAUCUUUAGAACUUUUUUGUUUAACUGAAUUGCACCGUAGAAGUGGUUUGCGUGAUUGUUUUCUCAUGUGUUUGUGAGCUUUGAGCAUUCAAAUACAGAAAAUAUGUAACCCACAUUUUAUAAACUGUUUAAACUACCAGAUUUAAAACAUUUCUGAUGUGUUGCAACAAGAAAAAAGCUCUGAUUAUUUAAAAAAAAAAAAAAAAAAGGAAAAAGGCGGCUUGCAGAGUCUGUAUUGUGCUGUUUUACAGUAAGAUAGAAAAAUAAGACCACUAACUUAAACUGAUUGUUGCUAAAAUAAAAAUUAAAUAAAUGUAUAUAAUAAUAAAAAGUCUAUUUCUUGUUAUGCCAGUUUGCAAUUUUUACAUUUGUAUCCUGUAAUAAUGCCUUGCUAGAAAGAUCUGCUUUUUUGUGUCUUCUGUAUGUGCUGUUUUUGUAUUUCCACAUAUGUUAAAAAAGCAGCAUUGUUCCUUUUAAUAAUUCAACAUUGUCUCUCUAAGGAUCAAAAACUGCCAUUGCAGAGUGAGGAUGUUCAAUAGCUAUUCUAGCCCCAAAAAUGUAGCCCCCUAGUUUUGCUGUUACUGAAAGUGGUGUCUAAUUUAUCUUUGAAGUUCUGGAUACAGAUCGAGUUUAUUUGUAAAAUUGUGUGAUUGCCUUGUCAAAAGAUAGAAUAUUUUAAUGGUGUUACUUCCUCCCCUUUUUGUGAGGCGAAAGAAUCUGUACGGAAACAAAUCAAGCAGCAAGGUUCCAUUUACUGUUUGGUUUGAUUUUAAACUUUCUAUUAAAGCAAAUUUUUUAUGCCUGAAUGUUUAAGCAAGAUAAAGUUUUAAACAGAAACCACUACUGCGGGUUACCGUAUAAGCCGAGU